GACACGCUUGUACCAACCAGUGCGGCACCAUCGAUUUGCUGUUGUUUUGUGCAUUCGUAGCCGUUAUACUCUAGAGAUUGCGGCGGAGGAUGUUUUCGCUGCUUGUUGGGCGGGCUUUUGAACCAUGCCGGUUGCAUGGAGGAAACGUGAUGCGAGUCGUUCUGGGGGCUGUUCGAGGGCACAAGACGGUGUCAUCUGUAAAGAAACGGGUGCGAAUAACAGGCUCAGGGAACUUAAAGCGGGGGCAGUCAGGAAUGCGUCACAUCACUGGACCCAAGCCCCGGUCUCGCUUGAGAAAUUUGGGGCAAACAAAACUGAUCCUGGGAAAGCAGAAGAAGAAAGUCUUGUGGAUGUUGGGUGGGUAGUGGGUAGCUUUGCUGGUGGUACUCAAUUUUCGGCAGUCUGUCAGCCCCCGCGAAAGACCCAGUGAGGCAAUCAGGGGUCAGCAGUGAAGGAGGAGGACCACCGGCUCCAACGAAAAAGCUCUUGUUCUAGGAGUUAGUGAGAGCGUUCGGUGUUGGGUAGGGACGGCGUUUGAAAUUCCCUGAAGUGUCACGCAGCACACUGCUGCCUUACUUUUGCGUCGCUUUAGUUCCAGGUGCAACAGGGUGCUGUGAACGUCUGUCUCUUGCACCUGGAAGCUGGAGGUUGAGGUUGCGCUUGGGUCUUGGCGCUUGAGUUGUACACCCCAUCUUGGUUUCCGGCUUUGCGAUGAGUUGUGUUGGGUGGUACCCGACCCUGAGGUGGUGCCUGCAUGAAUAGUCUCGCACAUAUCAUUCAACAACGGCAUCAAACACCACCGCGUAAUAUGCAAGGAGUCGGGAAUUCUCUCACAGAAUUUUCUCACAACCCCUGUGACCGGUUGUACAUGCACAAUCUGUUAAAUGCGCCGCAAAUUCCAUCUUUGAAGAAUGUUUCCCGCA